ACCAUAAAUUUUAAUUUAAAAAAGUAAUUCUGGGCAUUUUACUGGUUUUAACGUUUGAUGAAGUUCAUUGGCAACCAGAGGUUUUUAUGUUGAAAGAAGUCAAUUUACUUAAGACAAACUGGAUUCCUUUUUGUUAGGAACUGAAGUUUAUAUUUGCUGUACUCAUUAGAAAUUAAAAAUAUGUGAAGUUGUUGAUUGAUCCAAAUGGCAUCCCAGCAACCAGUGUUUCAAAGCAAUGCAACUUAUUAUGAUUCACCUUCUAAAACUUGGAAAACUGGUACAUUUGCUUUGACAAAUAAAGCCAUUCAGUUUCAUUGCGAUGAAUACAAAAAUAUCAACAUACCAUUGAAUAUAAUAUCUGGUUUAGAGAAAAGACAAUCAAGUUUUAUUUAUGCUGCAAUCGUUGUUUCUGUUGCAUCUGAUAAACAUUGGUUCUCCUCUUUUGCCAAUAGAGAUAGCCUGUACAAUUUAAUUGUUCUCUUCUGGAGAGAGGCACUUUUAUCUAAAGAACACAAAACUACUUCACAACCUAAAUCAGCAAGCACAAACUUAGGUAAAGAUCUUCUAAAUCUUCUCCAGGAAUCUGAAACUACGCUGGUCAAUGCUGCCAAUUCUUUAUCUGCUCAAGGGCAGCAGAUUGAAGAAACGCAAACAACAGUGGAAGACAUCAAUACAGAUUUGAAUGUAGCUGAAAGGUUUAUAAAAAAUAUGUCUUUCACUCAAUCUUUGUUACAGUUGAGUACUAGUCCUAAACUUUUGAAUCGACAAGAACCACAGAAAUGUUUUAAAGUUACCUUUAAUUUUACUGACUCAUCAAAUGAGAACUGCUAUUGGAAAGUUGGAACAUUAUUGGUUGGCGAGAAUAUUUCUUUGGUUGAUGAAAACAGAGUUAAUCAACUUUCUGUCAAGUAUGAUGAAAUCAUUUCUGUUGAGGUGAUGUCAUCGUGGAAACUUUGUCUCAAGUAUUCGCAUGAUGAUACAGAAAAUGCUUGUUACAUUAUGUGUCCAAAGCUUGAAAAACUAGUGAAAUUUUUAGGUUCACUUUCUUCAAUAAGUGGAAAGAUAUUUUACUUAGAAGAUAUCAGUUUUGCACUUAACACUAUGCCUAGUUCUUCAAUUGCUUCAUGUAGUUCAUCUUUUCUUCCAUCAUCAACAUCUCCUCAGCGUCAUAGUUUGCUGCCAAAAACUGAUCAAAUUCAAGAAGAAUUAGAAUCAAUAUCCGAAGAAGAUAUUCAAGAAAUUUCUAACAUGCUGAAUAAUUUGCAAGACUUGGCUUUUGAAAUAAAUAAAGAGCAACAGUCACAAAUGGAAAAAAUUGAAUCUCUUAUGUCAAAUGUUGAAAAAACUGAACUGCGCAUGAAGGCAGACUCUAAAAAAAUUAAAAAGCUUACUUGAA